ACAAACCGGCCUCUCCCGGUUUGACUCGUCGUCUUUCCCAAUAUACAGUUCUCUCUUCCUCCUUUCUCCAAUGUAGACGAUCGCAAAACCCUCGUCGUCUCUGGGUUUAACCUGCGCGUAUCACCAAGUCUCUCUAUAACUUGAUUCCUCACUUACGCGUUUUCUCUAAGCAGCGAAACAUUCUCUGAAGGAGUAAAGAUGAGUACGGUCGAUAAGAUGCUCAUCAAGGGCAUCCGAAGCUUCGACCCUGAAAAUAAGAACGUCAUCACUUUCUUCAGGCCUUUAACCCUAAUCGUCGGCUCCAACGGCGCCGGAAAAACUACGAUUAUAGAGUGCUUGAAGGUUUCUUGUACGGGAGAGUUGCCUCCUAACGCGAGGUCUGGCCACAGCUUCAUCCAUGACCCUAAGGUUGCUGGGGAAACGGAGACUAAAGCACAAAUUAAGCUGCGGUUUAAGACAGCUGCAGGGAAGGAUGUGGUAUGUAUAAGGUCGUUUCAGUUGACGCAGAAGGCUUCGAAGAUGGAGUACAAGGCUAUUGAGAGUGUGCUUCAAACCAUUAAUCCUCACACUGGAGAGAAAGUAUGUCUCAGCUACAGGUGCGCUGAUAUGGAUAGGGAGAUACCAGCUUUGAUGGGCGUGUCAAAAGCUAUUUUAGAAAACGUCAUAUUUGUGCAUCAAGAUGAGUCUAAUUGGCCACUGCAAGAUCCUUCUACUCUGAAAAAGAAGUUUGAUGAUAUUUUCUCAGCCACCAGAUACACGAAGGCGUUGGAGGUUAUAAAGAAACUUCACAAAGAUCAAGCUCAGGAGAUAAAAACGUAUAAGUUGAAGUUGGAAAAUCUGCAGACGUUGAAAGAUGCAGCUUAUAAGCUUCGUGAGAGCAUUGCUCAAGAUCAAGAAAGAACAGAGUCUUCAAAAGCUCAGAUGUCGGAACUGGAAAGCAGCAUUCAGAAAGUGGAUGCUGAAGUUCAUAAUAAGGAAAUGAUGUUAAAAGAUCUGAGAAAGCUACAAGACCAAGUUUCAAGAAAAACUGCCGAGAGAAGCACCUUAUUUAAGGAACAGCAGAGACAGUAUGCAGCAUUACCCGAGGAAAAUGAAGAUACUAUGGAAGAACUAAAAGAAUGGAAAAGCAAGUUUGAAGAAAGAAUUGCUCUUUUGGAGACCAAAAUUCGAAAGAUGGAGAGAGAGCUGGAUGACACAGCAACUACAAUUUCUUCUCUUCACAAUGCAAAAACCAACUAUAUGCUGGAGAUCAGCAAGCUACAAACAGAAGCUGAAGCUCAUAUGCUGCUGAAGAAUGAAAGAGAUGCUUCGAUCCAGAAUAUUUUUUCCAAUCACAAUUUGGGAAAUGUUCCGAGUACCCCUUUCAGUACUGAUGUAGUUUUGAAUCUCACACAUCGAAUAAAAUCAAGACUGGGUGAAUUUGAGAUGGACUUGCUGGAUAAGAAGAAAUCAAAUGAGACUGCUCUAAGUACGGCUUGGGAUUGCUAUAUGGAUGCUAGUGACCGUUGGAAAAGCAUCGAAGCUCAGAAACGAGCUAAAGAAGAUAUCAAGACAGGCAUAUCAAAACGCAUAGAAGAGAAAGAAAUUGAACGCGAUUCAUUUGAAUUCGAGAUAUCCAAUGUGGAUGUUAAACAAAUUGAUGAACGAGAAAACCUAGUGCAAGCUGAGCUUGAGAGAAAGUCCAAACAAAACUCUGAAAGCGGAUUUGAAUCCAAAAUAGAACAGAAACAGCAUGAAAUAUACAGCAUGGAGCAUAAAAUCAAGACUCUCAAUCGAGAAAGAGACGUUAUGGCUGGUGAUGCUGAGGAUAGAGUGAAAUUGUCUUUGAAGAAGACGGAGCUGGAGAACCUCAAGAAGAAACACAAAAAGAUAAUCGAUGAGUCCAAGGAUAAAAUUCGAGGGGUGCUGAAGGGGAGAUUGCCACUUGAGAAGGAUAUGAAGAAGGAAAUAGUUCAAGCUCUGAGGUCAGUUGAAAGGGAAUAUGAUGACCUGAGCUUAAAAUCCCGAGAAGCAGAAAAGGAGGUGAACAUGUUGCAGAUGAAGAUUCAAGAAGUGAACAAUAGCUUAUCCAAGCAUCACAAGGAUACAGAAUCAAGAAAGAGAUACAUUGAGUCCAAGCUUCAAGCCUUAAAACAGGAAUCAUUUACCAUUGAUGCUUAUCCCAGAUUGUUGGAUUCGGCGAAGGACAAACGGGACUACCACAAAAGCAAAUACAACAUGGCAACUGGUUUGCGCCAGAUGUUUGAGCCAUUUGAGCAGGUAGCCCGUGAACAUCAUUUUUGUCCUUGCUGCGAGCGCACUUUUUCAGCUGAAGAAGAGGAUAACUUCGUUAAAAAGCAAAGGGCUAAGGCUUCAACCACGGGGGAUCAUGUCAAAGCAUUAGCAGCAGAAUCUUCAAACGCUGACUCUAUCUUUCAGCAGCUGGAUAAACUUCGCUCAGUUUUUGAAGAGUAUACGAAACUAACUGAUGAAAUCAUUCCUCUCGCUGAGAAAUCUUUGCAAGAAUUUACAGAAGAGCUGGAGCAGAAGUCUGAAGCCCUUGAUGAUGUAUUGGCAAUCUCAGCGCAGAUAAAAUCUGAGAAGGAAUCAGUUGAAGCACUGGUUCAGCCCCUGGAAAAUGCUGAUAGGCUUUUCCAGGAAAUUGUAUCCAACCAGAAGCAAAUUGAAGAUCUCGAAUAUAAACUUGAUUUCAGGGGUCAUGGUGUUAAAACUAUGCAAGAAAUCCAAUCAGAAUUAAGUAGCCUCCAAAGCACCAAGGAUAAAUUGCACGAUGAACUGGAGAAAUUAAGGGAUGAACAGAUUUACAUGGAACGGGAUAUAUCAUGCCUUCAGGCCAGAUGGCAUGCACUAAGAGAGGAGAAGGCUAAGGCUGCCAAUUUGUUACGCGACGUUACAAAGACAGAAGAAGACCUAGAGCGUUUAGCCGAGGAAAAAAGUCAACUUGACCUAGACGUUAAGCAUUUGACCGAAGCUGUGGGCCCUUUAGCCAAGGAAAAGGAGCAGUUACUGAGUGUUUACAAUGAUAUCAAAGUUAAACGUAAUCAAGAGUAUGAGGAACUGGCUGAGAAAAAGAGAAACUACCAACAAGAAGUUGAGGCAUUGCUCAAGGCCAAUUCUAAGAUUAAUGAGUAUAAUGAUCUGAAGAAAGGAGAGCGGUUAAAUGAUAUUCAAGAAAAGCAGCGGGCAGCUGAAUCCCAGCUUCAGAGCUCCGAAUCUAGACGGAAUGAAAUUGUAGCUGAACUGAGCAAAAGUAAAGACUUGAUGCGGAAUCAAGAUCAACUGAGAAGAAAUAUAGAGGAUAACCUGAACUACCGAACAACAAAAGCAGCAGUCGAGGUGCUUACGCGUGAGAUUGAAUCACUGGAAGAGCAAAUCUUGAAUUUUGGUGGGAUACCAGCAGUUGAAGCUGAAAUUGUAAAGAUAUUGCGGGAAAGAGAAAGACUUCUUUCAGAGUUGAAUCGGUGUCGUGGAACAGUGUCUGUUUAUCAGAGCAGUAUUUCAAAGAACAAAGUGGAGCUAAAACAGACACAAUACAAGGACAUAGAUAAGCGGCACUUUGAUCAACUGAUCCAGCUAAAGACAACUGAAAUGGCAAAUAAGGACUUGGAUAGAUACUACAAUGCCCUUGACAAAGCACUAAUGCGAUUUCACACAAUGAAAAUGGAGGAAAUAAAUAAGAUUAUAAGGGAACUAUGGCAGCAGACAUACAGAGGUCAAGAUAUCGAUUACAUAAGAAUACACUCAGAUUCAGAGGGUGCAGGCACUCGCUCGUACAGCUACAAGGUUCUUAUGCAGACUGGUGAUACAGAACUUGAAAUGAGAGGAAGAUGCAGUGCUGGUCAAAAGGUUCUUGCUUCAUUGAUAAUAAGGUUGGCUUUGGCCGAGACAUUUUGCCUAAACUGUGGAAUAUUAGCACUUGAUGAGCCAACUACAAACUUGGACGGUCCGAAUUCAGAAUCUCUUGCAGGAGCUCUUCUUAGGAUCAUGGAAGACAGAAAGGGCCAAGAGAAUUUCCAACUCAUAGUCAUUACCCACGACGAACGCUUUGCUCAAAUGAUUGGCCAACGGCAACAUGCUGAAAAAUAUUACCGGAUCGCCAAAGAUGAUAUGCAACACAGCAUAAUCGAGACCCAAGAGAUCUUUGAUUGAUAAAGCCGUUGUUCGUCCCCUGUUAUCCAACAUAACAGCACUAGUCACUCAUCUUUUUUAAGCUAUAGGUAGCUUUCUUGGGUAUGUUAAUUACAACUCUACAUAUGGUUUUGUUUAGAUGUGUGCAAAAUUUUCAAUUAAACUAAAUAAUCGUAGUUAAGUUAUUCUAAAGACAAAUGCAACAUUCUAUUUGAUCGUUUUGAUUCUCCAA